AUGGCGGAGGCUUCGGCGGCCGGGGCUGGCGCGGGCUCUGCGGUUGCCGCGCACCGGUUUUUCUGCCACUUUUGCAAGGGCGAGGUCAGCCCCAAACUACCGGAAUAUACUUGUCCCAGAUGUGAAUCAGGUUUUAUUGAAGAAGUGACAGAUGAUUCCAGUUUUUUAGGUGGUGGCAGCAGCACAUCAACACAGUUUUCAGAGUUCUGGGACCGUUUGGACCCCACGAUGUUUUUCCAAGAUUUUAGACCCUUUCUAAGUAGCAGUCUACUGGACCAAGAUAACAGAGCCAAUGAGAGGAGUCACCAAACUCACUCUGACUUCUGGGGUCCAAGUCGGCCUCCACGGCUGUCAAUGACUCAGAGAUACAGAUCUCGAGGAAGUACUCGUCCUGAGAGAUCCCCAGCUUUUGAAAGAGUACUACAACAGAUCAUUGCAGGAUUCAUUCCUGGAUCCCCAUUUUCUUGGAGCGGGAUGCUGCACUCCAACCCCGGGGACUAUGCCUGGGGUCAGACAGGGCUUGAUGCCAUUGUAACCCAGCUUUUAGGACAACUGGAAAAUACAGGGCCUCCCCCAGCUGACAAGGAAAAGAUCACAUCUCUUGCAACAGUGACAGUAACUCAGGAACAAGUUGAUAAGGGCUUAGAGUGUCCAGUAUGCAAAGAGGAUUACACAGUUGAGGAGGAAGUCCGGCAGUUACCUUGCAACCACUACUUCCACAGCAGUUGUAUUGUGCCAUGGUUAGAACUGCAUGACGCGUGUCCUGUAUGUAGGAAGAGCUUAAAUGGUGAGGACUCUACUCAGCAAACACAGAGCUCGGGGGCUUCUGCAAGCAGCAGAUUUAGCAGUGACAGCCAGCUCCAUGACCGAUGGACUUUCUGA